UAAUAGCUUAAUUCCACAAAAAGAAUAUCAUACCAAAUUAUUACCAAUAAUAAUAGAGGUUUGCACUUUGCAGAUAAUAUGGAAACCUACUUCAAAACCUUCUUCAUUAUUCUACUCUCACUUGUCUUGGUAAGCAUGAUGAACGUACAACUUGGAAGCCCAAUAAAUGGAAGAAAAGACCCUAAAGAUUAUUGGGGACACAAGAUGAAUGAGCAAUACAUGCCUAAAGCUAUCAAAGAUUUCAUAAAUCAGAGAUCAUAUGAAGGCCUUGAAAAGAAGGGUGCAAUAAAAGAUUUCAUCAAAGACUUUGAUCCAACACCAAAUGUCUCUGUUUACCAUGAUGAUAUCAUUUCAAAAGAAAUGGAACUUAAAAAUGUAGAUUGCAACUCAAAGCAUGAAGAUGAUGAGCUAGCAUCUAAGAAGCUAUUUGCUGAUGAAUUUGAGCCAAUUCCAAAUGUUUCUGUUUAUAAUGAUUAGUUAUUAAUUAAGCUAAAAGUCUAUGCAUUUGUAUA